GGGGUGGGCACCCACAAGGCUAAGGUUACCCUGGUAUGUUGAGGGCUCCCUGGGGCAGGACUAUAUAACCCCAGAGGGACAGGCACAGGCUGACUCUACUCCUUUCCAGCCAGAGCCAUAGCCUUGCCCCCAGGAGACUGAAGACAUGGCACCCAAGAAGGCCAAGAGAAGGGCAGUGGCAGAGGGCGGAAGCUCCAAUGUCUUCUCCAUGUUUGACCAGACUCAGAUCCAGGAGUUCAAGGAGGCCUUCACGGUAAUUGACCAGAACCGGGAUGGCAUUAUCGACAAGGAAGAUCUGCGGGACACCUUCGCAGCCAUGGGGCGCCUCAAUGUGAAGAAUGAGGAGCUAGAUGCCAUGAUGAAGGAAGCCAGUGGUCCCAUCAACUUCACCGUCUUCCUGACCAUGUUUGGAGAGAAGCUCAAAGGUGCCGACCCUGAGGAUGUGAUCACUGGCGCCUUCAAGGUCCUGGACCCUGAGGGGAAGGGCACCAUCAAGAAGCAGUUCCUGGAGGAAUUGCUUACCACGCAGUGUGAUCGCUUCUCCCAGGAAGAGAUCAGGAACAUGUGGGCAGCCUUCCCCCCCGACGUGGGAGGCAACGUAGACUACAAGAACAUCUGCUACGUCAUCACGCAUGGUGACGCCAAGGACCAGGAGUAGGGGACCCUCUUAGGCCUCAGCUGGCCAACGCCUUGCAGCCACCCCCAUCCCGACUCUAAUAAAACUAAACUGGUCUCUGUUUCUUA